CACAAAGUGAGCUGAUAUACGUUGACAAAAUACGUAUAUUGUUGUAUUAUUAAAUUUAUUUAUAUUUUAAAUUAUUCGUAAAAGAAUAUAAUUAUAAAAAAUUCUCUUAAUACUUAAAACUUGAUAUAUUUAUUAAAUAAAGUAAAAAAGUGUUUGAAUAAUAAAAUUUAUAAUUAUGAGUCAAGAAACAACAGAAAUACCUUCCGUAGUAGAAUUAAAUGUGGGUGGAGUCUUUUACACUACAUCAUUGUCAACUUUAACAAAAGAUAAUGAUUCUCAGUUAUCAGCAAUAUUUACUGGUAAAUCGCCAGUUGAAAAAGAUGCCAAGGGAAAAUAUUUUCUUGACCGAGAUGGUGUGCUUUUUCGAUACGUUUUGGAUUUUCUGCGCAAUGAUACACUGACACUUCCUGAGGGUUUUCGUGAACGAGAACGUCUUAGAAGAGAGGCCGUUUAUUAUAAAUUACCAGGUCUUGAGAAAGCAAUUACUGACACUAAUUCUGAAUCAUGUGUCACAGCUAGAUCUUUAUGUGGAAGACGCGGCAUCGGCUAUAUCACUGUGGGAUAUCGCGGAAGUUUCUCUUUUGGUCGAGAUGGUUUAGCUGAUGUUAAAUUUCGCAAAUUAUCGAGAAUUUUAGUUUGUGGACGUGUUGCACUUUGUAGAGAUGUUUUUGGAGAAACGCUAAAUGAAAGUCGAGAUCCUGAUCAUGGGUCAACUGAUAGAUAUACAUCGAGAUUUUUCCUCAAACACAGCGUUAUUGAACAAGCAUUUGAUAUGCUUCAAGAACAAGGUUUUAAACUUGUUGCAAGUUGCGGUUCUGGAACUGCUUGUGCUUCUACUGAACAUCUUAAACCUGGCGUUGAUUUAGAAGAAAAUCGUUGGGGUCAUUAUAAUGAAUUUAUAUUUGUGCGCGAGUAAAAAUUAUCAUAAUUUAAUUGUUAAUAAUGGUGAUUUAUAAGCGCCUAUCAUUGUAAUUGUAGAUCAUCUUCAUCAUAAAAUCUUCCAGUAAAAAGAAAAUAUAUAUAUAUACAUACGUGAUAAUUGUAAACUGAUAUAGACACGGGAUCAUAAUUAACGUAUUCAAAUAUUAUUUUUUGAAUACGUUUCUGUAUUUUUUG